AUGGACGCAGACGAAUUGGAACGGAGGCACUUUCUUAAAACACUUACUGCUUUCAAAUUUUAUCGAUCACAUGCGCUCAAAAAAGUAUACAUGCAAUUGACGAAAUAUGAAAAACUUUCGGAACACCAAAAAACUCUGAUUCCCAAAUUCCCGUCCUACAUGAAGUCCGUUGAAGAGUGCAUUGAUUCAAAUGCAAAUUUUAUCAGCCAGAUACUUGCGAACGCGAAGUCUGAGAUUUUCGAGGGGGACCACUUUUUAGUAGACCAAAACCCAACAAUCAACAAUGUGGUACAGAAUGGUGACCCUGGGCAACGCUACCGGUUCGGAAUCACUUCAAACGAUAUGGACAAGGUACGAUCAACGCUCAAGCAAUUUGUUCGUGAUUGGUCGACUGUUGGUGCCCCAGAAAGACAUAGUUCCUACGACCCUGUUCUUAGGGAAAUUCAUGCCGCCUUUCGAUCGUCGGAUAGGUGCAAGGACCCAAACCAAUACACCCUGUACCCCUGGGUCACCCAGUCCUCAAACAAUUUGUGUCGCGAUAACCAGCUCGCCGCAAUCACUAUCCCCGACGUCUGCCCCUCUGAUCUACCCCCAGGUGUCCAGUUCUCCAUGGUUGCUGGUGACUUUUCCGAAGUCUACACCGAGCCAGCCUCCUGGGACUGCGUGGCGACAGUCUUCUUCAUUGAUACUGCGCACAACAUCCUGGACUACUUGGAAACCAUUUGGAACGUUCUUGUACCCGAAGGCUAUUGGAUAAAUUUC